CUUUGUUUAAGUCUCCCGCUGCUAGCUUAGCUAGCGCACAAUUUUUAACUUUUUGCUCAUUUUGAGGGAGCCGACAACUAUGGCUGGGAUGGGAGAGGAGGACAGCUUGAUCCAAGGAGAGGAUUCAUUCUCUGGAUCUGACCGCGAUGGCAGGGCAAGAACGAUGCCGGCGAUUUGUGACCCAAGUCAUUGGGCACACCGAAUCGUUGUUUUGGUGUUUAUGUGUUUUCUCGGCUUUGGAAGUUACUUCUGUUACGAUAACCCCGCUGCCCUCCAGACACAAGUGAUGCAGGAUAUGAAGGUGAACACCUCCGGUUUCAUGCAGCUGUAUGCCUGGUAUUCGUGGCCCAAUGUGAUCCUGUGCUUCCUGGGAGGCUUCCUCCUGGACAGAGUGUUUGGCAUCAGGCUUGGGACUAUAAUCUUUGGCUCCUUUGUCUUUGUUGGGCAGAUCAUCUUCGCCAGUGGGGCUCUGGCAGGACGCUUCUGGUUGAUGGAAGUGGGCAGAUUUGUUUUCGGGAUUGGCGGUGAAUCGCUAGCCGUGGCCCAGAACACCUAUGCAGUGAACUGGUUCAAAGGCAAGGAGCUGAACCUGGUGUUUGGACUGCAGCUGAGCAUGGCCAGACUGGGCAGCACUGUAAACAUGAACAUAAUGGGCUGGGUGUAUGACAAGAUAAGGGCCUCCAUGGAUGCCUCAGGCGUCACGACAGGCUACACCACCCUGGGCAUCUCUCUCAUGAUCGCCGCCUCCACCUGUCUGUUCUCUCUAACGUGUGGAUUGAUUCUGGGCUGCCUGGACAGGAGGGCAGAGAAGAUUCUGAACAAAGAGGAGGGGAAGACAGGGGAAGUGAUUAAGCUGACGGACGUGAAGGACUUCCCUCUGCAGCUGUGGCUCAUCUUCAUCAUAUGCGUUUGCUACUACGUGGCCAUCUUCCCCUUCAUCGGACUGGGACAAGUGUUCUUCAUCGAGAAGUUUGACUUCUCGCCAGCUCAAGCAAGGGCUGUCAACAGUAUCGUAUACAUUAUCUCGGCCCCAGCGUCCCCGAUCCUGGGCUUCAUUGUGGAUAGGACGGGCAAGAAUGUGCUGUGGGUGGCGUGUGCCAUCAUCGCCACUCUGAGUGCUCACAUGAUGCUGGCCUUCAGCUUCUGGAACCCCUGGAUCGCCAUGUGCCUGAUGGGAGUGGCGUAUUCCCUGCUGGCCUGUGCUCUCUGGCCCAUGGUCGCCUUCGUGGUGCCAGAGCACCAGCUUGGAACGGCCUAUGGCUUCAUGCAGUCUAUUCAGAAUCUUGGCCUGGCUCUUAUCGCCAUGGCAGCAGGAGCCAUUUUGGACCAGAAGGGUUACCUCGUCCUGGAGGUCUUCUUCUGUGCCUGCAUAUGCAUGGCCCUGAUAGCGGCGGUGAUGCUCUACUUUGUGGACCUGCUCAGAGGUGGGGAUCUUAAUUUGUCUUCCUCAGACAGGGGCAAACUGCAGAAGAAUGACUCUCCACACUCAGAGUGAUACUGCCACCCCUUCUCCAGUGCCAGAAAAAGCCCCACAUUAUUCUACUAUGUGCCCUGGACGGACACUGGUUGCUGGGAAACAGAGUCUCCAGAAUCUGUGUGUGGGCACCAGGUUGUAGACCACAGCUAAGAAAAAAUACUGCUGCUGCCCAUCAACUUUCUAUUUUACUGACCCAAACCACCUAUACACUGAUUUUAGCCAAGUAAUCUUAUUCUGUUUUAACCAUCACACCUGACUGACAGUUACUACGUGUUUUUAUCUUCCUUGUUUGCACAUCACUGAUUAUUGAGAAUAUGGCUAAAACAGAUUUUAAUAUUUAAAGAAAAAAAAUCCAAAAUAUAGAGGUGUGUUAUCAUAGACAAAGUUGUUGGCUGUGGAGCAAUGUAUCGGACCAAGCAUAUUUGACUUUUUAAAAACUUUUUAAAAACUCCUUCUGAAAAAAACUGUACUUUUUUGUCACCUCCGUCAGAUGUCACCAUCAUCGGGAUGGUGGUGACAAAAAAAGCCUCCAAAUGCAGUGGAGGCUAGCUAGAGUAGAAUUUUCAAGAAUCAGAGACAUAUUUGUGGAGGGACACCUUAAGGUAGAGAAGCCUAACUGAUGUGGGUAACGCUCACACCCGCUCAUGGUCUGUAAAUCAACUUAAAGUGACCAAAUGUAAUUCUGAAAAAGACAUUUUUGAUAUGGGCAUCAAUGUAUAGGGAUAAGGAGAAAGCACUUUAUUCUGAGAUGGACAAAGAGAGAGUUGAAGGCUAUAGUGUAGUGAGGCAUUUUCUGUGGUUGUAUUUUUUUUUAUUGAACAGGAGAGAAUUGAGUGAAAAGGGGUGUGCGUGCCUGUGCAUUUGCAAAUGUGUGGCGCAUGUUUGUGUGUAUGUGUGGGGGAAGAUAGCCACCACCAGAAUCAGGAGCCUUUUAUGUUGUUUUAUCUGUUCUUGUUUUUAUCAUUUCAUUUUAAAAUUUGUAGUUUUAAAUGUAUUUCUUUUUUAGAAGAAGAAGAAAAAAAUCUGUUCUGAAGUUUUGUCUUGACAUACAAAACGAGUGCUCUGGUUUAGCUCAUCAGUAGUCUUCGGCUUCCAUCAAUCCACAAAGUUACUAGCACUUUACUACAUCAGUCAAAAGCAUGUACGUACACAUGCACAUAGACAUGCACACAUUUUAACUCGCACUACACUGAUCGAGAAAGGGAGUCAACUAAGAACGCCUACACAUACAGUAUGCACAUGAUACACCAUUGUUUUUUUUGUUUUUUUGUUUUUUUUUAAUCUGCCUUACAUAAAGCCUAAGCCAUACAUGAUCUCCAAUGCUAACUAUUAUUGGUAUGGUAAGAAUGGGUUAUCUGCAAACAAUGACUUGGCACAGUUAUCAAUAUGAUAUCACAAAAACAGAUCUGUUGGUACACAACUGGAUUCAGUUACAUUAGUUUUGAAUAUGUGGUAGUGCUUUAUUUGACGUGUUCAACAUAAAGGUAUCAUGUGACGAUCAUAAGAAUGACAUAACGCAUGUCAAGUAUAUUAAUGACACAUUAUAUUAUUGAUGUUUAUGACAUCUGUCAUAAUGUGAUGUUUGGUUUUUGGAAUGUCGAGUUGACAUUGGGUGUCAUCAUGGGCCUAUAUUACAAAGCUGGUUCAGAAUAUUGGUAAGUUAAGAGGUACUCAUCAAAUACAAGAGCCUGGAGUCCUCAUUUUCAUAAAAAAGCUCUUCUAUUAGAUGAUUUACCUCUUAACUUAACCUUAACUUAUCCUGAACCAGCUUUGUAGUAUAGGCCCCAUGAGACACAUUAUGAGGGCAGCUGUGGCCUAGUGGUUGAGAAGAUGUUUUAGAUCAGAGGGUUGAAGGUUCCACUCCAUAUCUCACUCCAUGGCACAGAACCAUUUUCCGAAAGGACAAAUAAAUAAUCUAUCUAUAUAUCUAUGGCGGAGGUGCCCUUGAGCAAGGCACCUAACACCUGCUUCAGGGACUGGAACCAAUACCCUGUACUUAAAAAAAUACUGUAUGAGAGCAGUCAUAAAAAUCAGUUAUGUGUCAUUAAUGUUCCUGACAUGACAUGUGACAACACAUUGUGUCCUGUCAUUCUUAUUACAUUCUUAUAUACAUCACAUCACAUAGUGUUACAGAAUAUUUCUCUGGUUAGUUUUGCUGGUAUUCUACUGAUGCAGUUACAUCCCUGUUUUUUGUUGUUGUUUUUUUUAGAAUCAUGCAUUUUUUUUACUUGAUUUAUUGUGAUCCAAUGAUUAUCUAUGUUUUCUUUAAACAUAUUCAAAGAACUUGAAUUAUGACUUGAAUGAAAGGAUAAUGAUUACUGUCAAACUAAGACAUGCGUAACUGUCAAGACUGGAAAUUGCCAUUGGAACGAAAUCUGCUCCAAGGGAUACACGUUUGACAUGGAUUUCUAGCAGACACUGAUACUUGUAC